AUGGAAAUGUUUCCAUUUCUUAGUGCUUUUUUACGUUUAUAUGCAGACAAAUACGAACAUCCUAGAGAAAAAUUAAUCGUUUUGGUUCAUUGGACUUUUUUAAGUAAAGAGUUUUUAAUUGUGAAGGAUGAUAAAGAUGAAAAUAAUCAAUUACUUUUUCAAGUACCAUUAAAAGAUUAUUUCAAUCAUACUGAUGGAUCAUUAAAAGAUAUUGAUGAUUUUAUAAUAAAAAUAAGAAACGAAAUUUACGCAUUUUCACAACGAAAACAACAGAUCGAUAAAAAUAAAGAAAAACAAAUGCAACAACAAUUAAAAAAUGAUAUUCAAUUAUAA